AUGCGUCUCUCCAAGGCUUCCGCUCUCGCUCAGGUACUGCUUCUGACAGCAGUCGCGGCUCAAAGCAUCGAUGCUUCCAGUAUUGUCAACGACCUCACCACAACGGCUGCCGGGACCACUACCACCGCUGCUUCGCCUUCACCCGCGGACACCACUUCACCAUCUCCUGCCACGACUACUGCGGCUCCCACCACCACAACCACUACCUCCCAAGUGGCUCCCACCACCUCUAGCACCACGUCAAGCACCUCUUCCACGACAUCGACCCCGGCGGAGGCCGCCUCCUCAACCACAUCGGUCCCUAAUGCUGCCUCAACCACCACCACCGCUGCAGGUGCCUCUCAAACUACAGCUCACUCCACCACUUCCAAGUCGUCUGGAGAUUCUACCACCUCAGCGACGCCUUCUGUCAGCUCGACGGUGGUGGUCAAGACCAUCACCGCUGAGGUGACCCAGGACGGCACUACUAAGCCCACCGUGAUGCUGUCGACCUCGACUUCCGCCGUGACCAGUUAUCCCUCCUUGAACGGUAGCAAGAGUUCCUCCAACAGCGGCCUCUCUUCCUCGGACAAGAAGAUCAUUAUCGGUGUGGUUGUCGGUGUCGGGGGUGCCAUCCUUCUUGGUGUACUGGGCGUGGUGUACUGGCGUAUUCAAAAGAAGCGUCGCGACGCGUUCAACGACGAAGACGACGAUCUGAUGGGUGGUACCGCUGUCGGCAGUGGACCGCGAGAGAAAGUACCGGGUCCGACUCAGAGUGGAACUCCCUUCAAGAACACGCUGGAUCAAUACCACAAUCCAGGUCCCGUGAACGCUGCAUCCAAUUUCUAA